CACACGCAACGCAACUCCUCCUCCUUUGCUUUGCUUACUUUCACUUCUCCUCAAGCGUCGACGAUGAAAAGUUGUGUUGCGGCCGCUCUGGUGCUGCUGUGCGCGUGGUGGCAACAGGAGGGAGCGCAAGCCUGCAGCUGUAGCGGCUUGCACCCUCAGCAGGCCUUUUGCUAUUCAGAUGUUGUUAUGAAGGCGAAGGUGGUCGGAGUGACGGUGGACGGUGAACUUCCCGGAUAUAUUAAGUAUGACAUCAACCAGACCAAGAUGUACAAGGGCCCUAACAAGAAUUUUGAUGCUAUCUACACGGCAUCCGACUCUGCAAUGUGUGGAGUCGAGCUGAAUAAUGGCACAGAGUAUUUCAUCAUGGGCAGACUGAGAUCCAACGGUUCUCUGCACAUCAACCUGUGCAGUUUCCUUUCGGUGCCGUGGGAAAUCACCAAAGCCAUGCAGAAGAAGAGUGUAUUGCAGCAAUAUCAGAUGGGCUGCGGUUGCACGAUUACACGCUGCUCUUCGGUCCCGUGCGGCAUCAGCGGCCCGGCCGAGUGCUUGUGGACCGACUACCUGACGGAAAAGAAGACCUUCGGCGAACAGGCCCGGCACUUUGCUUGCAUCAAGAGGGGCGACGGCUCUUGCGCCUGGUAUCGGGGGAAUGCCUCGCCUAAAAAGGAAUUCAUGGACAUUGAAGACCCUUAAUUCCAUUUUUUUAUGAGUAGUGCAGUUUUAUUUUUUUCCCAUGGUGACAAUUCAGCACUUUCAGACUCUAAAGCACUUCUGUACAAACUACUGCUUCAGCAAAAAUAAAUGAAAUCCACACAAGUCAGUAUUAAGCUUCGCUGCAGUGUUAUUACUGUUUUUAACGUUGGACAUUUUUUCCUGCUCUCCUAGUCAGCCAAAUAUAUUUAAGGGAGUGAUGGUGAGUUGGAAGUGUAAAGAAGGUUGAUGCUGAUUUUUGUAAGAUGUCACAGCUAUGCAAGUUAGCAAUUGUUCUUUUGUCGUACUUCGAUCCUCUUUUUUUUUUAAUACCCUUUGUCGCUAAACUCAGGUAUUUCAAUUUCUCUUUAAAUGCAUGUAUUGCUUGUGUGAAAUUAAAGUGAAAUUCUGCAUAGUUUGAAAAAA